GCCCAAAAAAAAUAUUCAAAACUACUUCCACGUGGUAAACAAUGUUAAAGAAUAUAAGUUUGAUUUCGUGUAUUAGGUGUUAGUUUUAUUAGUGCGGUAAUAACUAAAAAUCCUUAAAAAUACCAUGCAAGAGAGCAACUCAAUUCCUUUUCAGAAAAUUAUUUCAGUAGAAUGUUACUUCGUUACUCUCAGACUAACGUAACGAUGUCGGGAAACCUAGACAUUCUCGCCUUGCAGAAUGAUGUAGUCGCCAAGAUGUUGGCAGCAACUACUCAUGUCGGUAGUACCUCUGUCAACUUUCAAAUGGAAUCGUACGUGUACAAGCGUCGCCCAGAUGGAGUUCAUAUAAUCAAUCUUGGACGUACCUGGGAAAAGUUGCUGUUGGCUGCACGUUGCAUCGCUAGCAUUGAAUAUCCCGGCGAGGUGUUUGCCAUUUCAUCUCGUCCGUUUGGACAGCGUGCCGUGCUGAAGUUCGCCCAUUACACCGAGGCAACGCCGAUUGCUGGUCGCUUUACGCCAGGUGCAUUUACUAAUCAGAUUCAACCAGCGUUCCGUGAGCCACGUCUCCUAAUCGUCACUGAUCCAUUGACUGAUCACCAGCCCGUCACCGAAGCAUCCUAUGUAAACAUUCCGGUCAUCGCUUUCUGCAACACCGAUUCUCCGCUGAAAUUCGUCGACAUUGCUAUCCCGUGUAACACUAAGGCACCGCAUUCGAUUGGUUUAAUGUGGUGGUUGUUGGCCCGGGAAGUUCUGCGCCUCCGCGGCAAGACCACUCAACUCGACUGGGACGUCAAGCCGGAUCUAUUCUUUUACCGUGAUCCUGAGGAAGCAGAAAAAGAGCAGGCUGCCAUUGAGGCCGCACCUGUGUCUAAAGACACAUAUCCGGAUGAAUCGCAAGCUGGCCAAGAUAAUGGUGCUACUGGUGAGGAAGCUGCGGCAUAUGUUCCAGCCAUUGCUCCGGCACCGAUGGCUGCUCUGAUCCAAACCGAUGAUUGGAACGAGGAUGAAACGCAAACAACCACUUCUUGGGGAGGUGGCGGUGGAUUUUAAUUCCUAGCUGAUCGACAGCGUAAUGCACCAAUGGCAUAUUUGUACGUGUAGUACACGUAACAAUUGCAAGAAAUAAGAAAAAAUAUUCUGAA